GUAAUGGAAAUCCGCCUUUAGAUGGCCUCGAAUUUGCCGGCGUUGAAAUAAAAUAUUUUUAUUAACCUAUUGCUUUUGCAGCGAUUUGUAAAUUAAUAUUUAUCCAGUAUUUAUUUCAUUGCGUUAAAAUCGAUCAAUAUUUCUGUGAAUAGAAGAAUAUUAAUUAGUAAAAUGCAAAAUACAACACAGCCUUCAAUUCCAUGCAAUGGUUUAUUGCAGUUUGCAACGAACCACCCAACCACCCGGCCAUCAAAGGAGAAUUUUCGCUUCGAAUACAAGUCGGAUCAUAACAAACCAAGCAAGAUGGAAGUGAACCGAGUAUUCGAAAAAAAAUUCCACUAUCGAAAGCCAAAAGAGAAUAUUUGGCAGUUACCUCCUCCAACCGAAGCGUUUAGUGAAUAUUACAAAGUUGAUGCACUGCAACAACUGAAGCCAAAAUUAAAUAACGUAAAGUGCAAAUUAAAUAAUUACACAAUUGAAGAUUGGAGUCUGCAUACAAGACGCCAGGAUCCAUCAAAUGAGAUACCAUGGCGUUUGAAAAAUGAAACCCAAGCCGAAUUUGUUACAAUAGCUUGGUGUAAAUUCUUUGAAUGUCUUCACGCCUACCCUCUGGUAAAAGGUUCACAUUUAAAUUCUUUGCAUCUGUGCGAAUUGCCGGGUGCAUUUAUUGCCGCCUUAAAUCAUUACAUGUAUUCGACAUACAAAGCAGAAGAGGUGGAAUGGCGGUGGCUUUCUACAACACUUAAUCCAUACUAUGAGGGUAACCCCACAAGUGGCAUGAUUACAGACGAUAGGUUUAUGUUUCAUACCUUUGACAAUUGGCUGAUGCAUGAUGAUUUUACUGGUAAUAUUAUAAAUCGUAAUCAUAUCGAGCAAAUGCAAGAACACUGCAAGCGACGUUUGGAAGACAAUGUACAGCUAAUUACGGCUGAUGGUUCGAUAGAUUGCGUUGAUGCACCGGAUUGUCAGGAAGAAGUGGUGGCAACACUUCAUUUUGCCGAGAUCACCGCAGCUCUGUGUAUACUGGCAGAUGGUGGUUGCUUUGUAGUAAAAAUGUUUACAAUGUUCGAAUCAACAAAUGUAUGUAAACUAUUUUUACUGAACUGUGUUUUCGAGGAGGUACACGAAUUCAAACCUGCUACCUCGAAGCGUGGCAAUUCAGAAGUUUAUAUCAUUUGCAUUGGUUACCGAAAGCAGACAAAAUAUUUACCAGAGCUAUUGCAAUUGAUGAAGGAAAAUGUUGAAUGUGCAAACAUAUUUCCUCUUUUUCCUAAAUCGUACUUACCAAAUGAUUUCUUGCUGCAACAUGAGAUAUGCGCACGACUUUUUAUGAAUUUUCAAAUUGAAGCGAUUGAAUCGAACAUUCAGACAUAUGAAGUAAAACCUACUCGUCGUCAGGUUAAUUAUAAACAGCUUUUCCGGACUGAAACAGCCAAUGAAUUUUACGCUCGCUACAAGGUGUGUAAAAUCGCGGAGCAAAAUAAAGUUUUAUAUGGACAUCAAACAGCCGAAGAAAACUGCAAGUCAGCACCAUUUUGCAGAGGUUCAUACACGGAACGUGAAAUGGCAAAGGAAACAACAAUAGAACAACGAAUAUUUUCAUUUCAUCGUACCAUCAACAAUUUAGAAAAAAUAUUAGACUUCCAUUAUGAUAUACAGUUUCAGGAAGAAUACGACACAUUAAAAAAAUCUACUUCUGAAUUGCAUAUUUACAGAGGCGCUCCAUUCACUGAACUACAUAGUAGUCUUUUUGCGCAUCCUUUUGUCAUGCAACUGCAUCAAAACCUUAAGGAAAUGUUAGGCCGCGAUCCUAUUUACAUACGGAAACCCAAUUGGAUUGCUGACGGUGAGGAAAUACAACUCAAUAAUCUUAAUAUGCAUGGAUUCUCGCUUCUCCCUCGUGAAUAUUUGCUUCUAUUACUGGAUACGAUUUAUGAAAAACAAGCACGGCGAAUAGUUCUAUCAAAUGUGCUUUUUUUAACACACUUAUCCGUUUCGGUGCUACUUUCAUUGGCUCUUUUCGUUUUUGGGCAUUUAUCAAUUUCCACUGGACCUGAAUUUCAAAUAGAGUUGCUUGCUAAAUGUGAUAAGUAUACAGAGGACCAAAUAUCUACAUUAAAAAUGAUUCGCGAACUUCUAGCUGAAGAUGCAAGUGUUUUAUGUAUUAUGCCUAUCGAAAAAUUGCAUCGCAAUAAAUUUGCAAAUACAUUGAUGGCUUAUAAUAAUCAAUUAUUGAUGAAAAAUUUUAAAUUAGUCUUAAAUAACUAAAACUAUAUAUGAUAUAAUUUUUCUACCCAAUUACUCUAGAAAUAAAUAGGAAUAAAUAUUUAAAUUGAAAUCUCAAAUAAAAACAAAUAUUUGUAUAUAUAUAUACAAAAAAAACAUGAUAACUAUUUAAAAAAUAUAUAUCAAUUGUUGUUUUUUUUUAUAGAUUUACAUUAUUUUAUUUGCAAAUACUUGAUAUUAAAUUAUCCACAGAAUGAUUCCUAAGCGAUGACAUUGGUUAUUUUUCUUUCAGUCUACCUAUACUUUAUAAUAACUAAUAUUUAUAGCUGAAUUUGCACAUAUUUUAUAAGAAAACAUGUAGCUUUUUAUUCAAAGCAGUGGUUUUAGGAAUAUACACAUAAAACAAUGACUUUGGCCCGUGUUCGUAU